CGAGAAGGGAAUUUACAGGUUGUUCCUUGACCGCCAUCUCUCCAGAUAUAAGCCACUGGGGACACAGGAUACAACACAGGACCUCUGGAACUUCAACACCUCAACAUGUGCAAGCUGAUCAUCUUCGCUGCCCUCCUGGCUGUUGCCGCCGCCGCCUACGCCCCGGCCCCCGUACACUACGCCCCGGCCCCAGCACACUACGCCCCGGCCCCCGCACCCUACGUUCCAGCCCCCGCACCCUACGCUCACCACGCUCCUGCCACCUCCUACCAGAACGUCUACCACGUAGUCACCCACCAGGAGUACCCCAAGGCUCCCUACCAUGCCCCUGUAUACCACGCACCGGCUCCCGCACCCUACCACCCCUACUGAACUGUGCUGACUGAAUAAACACGGAUAUGCAAUAA